AUGCUUGGAUACGUCAAAACCUUUCCUAGAAGCCUUCGACGCUGGUUCAGAGGAGAAAAGGCUGAUUUGAAAGAAGUUCAUAUUCAGCAAGUACUAAAUGGACAGACACAACAGCCCAUCAGCUUGGAAGAUUUCCGAUUGUUUUUGUUAAACAAGGAGCACACCAUUCAAAAUCUGGAAUUUCAUGCAUGGCUCAUGGAUUACAGACGAAAAUUUGAAGCUUUACCAGAGCAUGAGAAAGCCAAAUCGCCACCACCAAAGGAAGCUGCAUCCGAAGGCUCGAUUCACUUGCCACUGGAGAAUCUCUUGAUCAAAGCCGAUGAAGAAACAAAAGACCCUACAGUAUUCUCUCCUAUCAAUGAUGUCCUCUACAAGACAACCCCGGGUCAGCCCCUCCGUGCUGAACUAGACUCUGCCUUACAGACAUUCUUUUACUCCAACUCCUUUAAAGAAUUGAAUAUUGAACCAUGGCGAUCCCGAUAUGUACUUUACAAUGCCUGUUACACCACUCAUCCUGAUGUCUUUCUAAAUACUCAUGAAUACAUCUAUGGCUAUCUCAACGAAAAGAGUCUUCGAUAUUUCAUGCACCAUGCCUUACAAAAUGUGCGCUACAGUAUAGUCAUUUUCUUUUACUGUGUCAGCUUCUUUUUGGCAUUUCAGUCACCCUUACUUUUAUACACAACUUACAGUCUGCAUGCACCUCGUAUGUGCAGAUGGCCUAUCAUUCUUAUUUCAUUUUUAUCUGCUCUGCUGUUUAUAUCUGGAAGAUCUGGCUUAUGUUCCAUUCGUGCACUGUUGGGAAAUCGAAUGGUCCCUCACUUUGAGUUGGCUGAAUACAAAAAAUUCAAGAAGGGCCAGAUUUCCAAGAAUAAGUUUCUUCGUCGCUCAAGACAAGUGGAGGUGGAAGAUCAAGUGGAACGCAAAAACUGGAAACGUAUUGUUGAUCCACGCGUCAAGGCAUAUCAUUAUGAGGUCGUUACUCAUAUUGUGAUGUUUACUUUUCUCUUCUGCAGUCUCUGUACCGCACUGGCGAUUGGCAUCUCGAACGAAUACGAUCCAGAAACCUUGGCCAGAAUGAUGGGGGCCAUGAAGGCUGCUACUGCUGACAACAACUCCACGACUCUCGCAUAA